UACUCGUGCAACACCCACCCACAUCACACCUCUCUCUCUCGUUUCCGCCAGCUCGAAACCAUCACUCUCACCACCGACAGUACCCUCACCGCCGCCGACAAUGGCCUUCGACGGUGCCAAUGGCCCGGAGCUGGCCCUGCCACAGGCUCACCAGGACUUGAUGCAAAAGUCUCUGGUCGACACUGAUCCAGAGAUCGCUUCCAUGAUGGAAGACGAAAUCAAACGUCAACGCGAGUCCAUCCUCCUCAUCGCCUCCGAAAACGUCACCUCCCGCGCCGUCUUCGAUGCCCUGGGUUCACCGAUGAGCAACAAGUACAGCGAAGGAUAUCCAGGUGCCCGCUACUAUGGCGGCAACGAACACAUUGACCGCAUUGAGCUCACCUGCCAGAAGCGAGCACUCGAGACCUUCCGUCUCGACCCCGAGAAGUGGGGCGUCAAUGUGCAAUGCUUGAGUGGCAGCCCAGCGAACUUGCAGGUAUACCAGGCCAUCAUGCGUCCACACGAGCGCUUGAUGGGUUUGGACUUGCCUCAUGGCGGUCAUCUGAGCCACGGAUAUCAGACUCCUACCCGCAAGAUCUCGGCAGUGUCGACAUACUUUGAGACGUUCCCAUACCGCGUCAAUCUCGACACUGGUCUGAUUGACUACGACCGAUUGGAGGAGAAUGCUCUGAUGUACAGACCCAAGGUGCUCGUGGCUGGUACUUCGGCGUACUGCCGCGAGAUCGACUACAAGAGAAUGAAGGAGAUUGCAGACAAGGUCGGCGCGUACCUGAUGAUGGACAUGGCACACAUCUCUGGCCUGGUCGCUGCCGGAGUCAACAAGUCACCGUUCGAGUACGCGGACAUCGUCACAACUACGACGCACAAGAGUUUGCGUGGCCCUCGUGGUGCCAUGAUCUUCUUCCGCAAGGGUGUGAGAAAGACUGAGAUGAAGGCGGGCAAGGAGGUUCAGGUUCUCUACGAUCUUGAGGGUCCGAUCAACUUCUCCGUCUUCCCUGGUCACCAGGGUGGACCGCACAACCACACCAUUACAGCGCUUGCUGUUGCCCUCAAGCAGGCUCAGACACCAGAGUUCUUGCAGUACCAGCAACAGACGAUCAAGAACGCCAAGCAGCUCGAGAAGUCCUUCAAGGGCAUGGGAUACAAACUUGUGACCGAUGGCACUGACAACCACAUGGUGCUCGUCGACCUCAAGCCUCUCGGCCUCGAUGGUGCCCGUCUCGAGGCUGUCCUCGACCAGGUGAAUAUUGCAUGCAACAAGAACACUACUCCUGGUGACAAGUCUGCUCUGACACCUUGCGGUCUUCGCAUCGGUGCUCCCGCCAUGACGAGCAGAGGUAUGGGCGAGGAUGACUUUGAUAGGAUUGCGGGCUAUAUUAACGAUUGUGUCCAAAUUGCUCUCAAGGUGCAAAAGGAGCUGCCCCAGGAAGCCAACAAGCUGAAGGACUUUAAGGCCAAGGUCGCUGGCGGCGCCGCGAGCGUGCCUGAAUUGGGCGAGCUCAAGGCAGAAAUUGCCGAGUGGGCCGGCUCCUUUCCUCUGCCUGUGUAGAGGUUCGUUGCAUGCAUGCUGUGGUGGACCGACGGGACGCCGCAGGAUCGACUGCUGUGCAUUUUCAAGGGGGCGUUCUAUGGAGGAAUGAACAAAAGUGACCUUCAACACAACGGAAGCGAUGGUGUUUGGGGGGAAUGACUUUGUUUGCGGCGCAUUCAACCUUGCUGCUAUGGGAGAGGCAAGCUACAUGUACCCCAAGGGGUACCUAUGUAGCGGGAGAAAGUCGGGAGAAACGACAAGCAGGGCCAUGCUACAUGUAUGUACUGUAACUCAGUCUGUAGCUGCUCUGCUCUCAAUGGUAUCGAACUAUUGAUGGCCUCGAGGGACCAACGAAGUUUCACAUAUAUGAGUUCUUCGUAAUAGCUGGCUGGGCUGCAUUAUGAUCCUGAUUAUUGAACGUUCCCCUUGUUUCGUUGUGAGCCAAGAGGAAGUGUGAAACCAGCGAAACCAUCAGUGACGUAGAGGUACAGACGCGUGCAUUCCAUUCAUUCACUCACUUUCCACAGCAGUACCUUAGUAUUCCUCAGCAGUAGCAAACCAACAUCCGCCCCCUAUUAUCGACUGAAAGUACACUGCAGUACGCAGCGACCCCGACGUGACUGCGACGAGCAAUACCUGUAGCAACAACUUCGCAACGGCAACGCAACGGCAACAGCGACAGCGACAGUACGAGCAACAGCAACAGCAAGGUUCGCGCAUCGGCGAAAAUACAUCAACACAUAACCCGAGCCUCAAAUUUCUCACCAUCACUCCAAUUCUCCUUUCUCUCUGCCAUCAUUCUCACGGCACAUCACCUCACCUUACCACUUCACCACCUCCAACUACUACACCACCACCGCCGCCAUGUCGAGCGGUCCCACUCUCAUGAAUCUCCCUCCGCCGCCGAGCGAUCCUCAGACGCCCAGUGAAGUCCCAUCGCGCAGCGGCACUCCCAACUCCACCAUGACCUCCAUGAGCGAGCUCUCCACCGUCGCCAUCAAAGACGGCCAUCGCGGCCACCCGCCCCACCAGCAGCACCACCAAGGUCCUUCCGGUCUCUCCAACCAACUCGACGCCGAACGCGCAGAUCGCAUCUCUCGUCUCGCAGGUCUCGAGCGUGUGACCACAGCUCGCAACCCUCCGACCCCAAACAGCGCCGGCAACCUCACGCCCGGAGGUUACCAACCACAAGCGCACCCGACCGUCAGCUAUUUCGACGCGACAGGAAACCCUACGAUGGGCCGCGAACGUAGUACCGUCGGCAGCGCCUCCGCGACAGGUUCUGUAGGCGCACGCACGACAUGGGCAGGCAGCGACGCAGGUAUGGGAGACUUUGACAAAAUGUCGGAGAGUCAAGAUAUGGACAUGGAUGCCUCAUCCGUCGGAGGCAUGAGUGAUGCAGACAGAGACACGGGCUCACUCGUGGCUUUUGGCGAGGGAGCUCGAACUCCCGCGAGACAGAGCACAGCCGGGUCGGCGUUUCCACCACCGACUAGUCUGCCCAGCAGCAGAGGUGGACCGGCCUCGACCCCGACGGGCAUUCCGAGUAGGUUCAUUGAUGGGAUGACCUACGAUGAGGGCGUGGUAGACACGACUUCGAACAGAGAUGGUCGUAGUGGUGGACAACAAGAGGCGGAGCGUAUCAUGAGGGAGAAUAUGGAUACGACUUCGGACGAUCGCAUGGGAACUUCCGGGUCGAAUAUGGGCAAGCAGCAGGGACCAGGGGACCUGGGCAAGUUCGGGUUCGAAAAGUAAAGCGUGGCAGGCGUGGUGGGCAGUCAUGGCGAGAAGAAGAAGAAGAAGAAGAAGAAGAAGAAGACGAUGGACGGGCUAGCACAAGGGCGGCGAGUCGCCAAAGAGUGCACGAGGGGCGGCGUUUUGGUGGUGGAAAUCACUUGCUUGGGAUGGGCAAUGUGCAAAUAUGUCACUCACUACUUUCAUCAAGAACGAGUUCGCCGACCGAAUUCUUGCAGAGCAGGCAUGCAUGGAGAGAAGAAGAUGAUGAUGAUGAAUGGGGAAAUGUGAUACCACACAGGCUGAUAGCUCGUGCAAUAGAAAGCGUUCCAUAUCACCACCUCCAUCAAGCUACAAGUAGGUUUGUUUGCAGCAAAAGAUGCAACAAUGCAAUGCAUGCUUCAGUCAUUCAGGGCGGGCCGGCCAUUGCGGACCCUCACUCCUUGGUCGCGUGUUCUCGUGAAUUCAUGCCUCUUCUCGCUCUCAUCGCACCACUACAUGUACCUGUAGGUACUGUACUCGCACCAUACCCAUCGCGAUCUAAAGACUUUCUCUUAUCGUCACCCCGCCACCCAUCAUCACUCCUCCCCCGGCCGCCUUUCUACGACUUCCGUUUCCGCAAAUCCACCACUUCAAACUGUAAGCCAGGCCCCUCGACGACAUGUCCCGGCCGCAACGCAUCCGUGUACAGCCUCUCCUCGUCAUGCACAUGAAACACGCCCGGCUUGGUGCACUCUAGCACAUGCGGUAGACCCGGGGGAUCGGUCAAGCGGAAAAUUCCCCAAUCCGGAUUGUGUCGAGGAGAGCACACGAUGGCGAUGGCUUCGGGUAACAUGACCUGAUAUCCCGAGCUGGUGUGCAAGUCGCGAGAGGAAAGAAAGCAGCUCUGGGAUGGGUGGGUAUGGAUCCAACCCAUGACGAGCAGGUUCUGGGAGUCGCAGUAGGCAAACAGGUCGAGUUCACCUUGCUCGGUCGUGUCGCAGGUUUCCGACGAGGAGACUUGGUC